GGAUUGCUGGACCCUCUCUUCGUCUUCGAUCCAAAAUAGCAAAGCGAGCUAUCUCUGAUCUCUCUCUCUCUCUCUCUCUCUCUCUCACACCAGAUCUCUCUUGAGUCCUUAGAUUCCCCGUAAAUCCCUACUUCUUCGGAGCCAAAAAUGUCGAACAGCGAUACAAUACCUCUUCACCCCUCGUCCCAGUCCGACAUUGACGAGAUCGAGAACCUCAUUCAUGCCAGCGUCCAAUCAAGUCCCGCCACGGUUCUUCCCGCCAGGCCUCCCAGUCCUCCUCGAGCUUCAAUUCCCGUAUCUUCUUCCCCUUUCAUUCCUUCUAACCUUCCACCACCACCACCACCUCAACCUCCGCAACAAUCCUCCAAUCAGAAGCCCCCAACUGCGCUAGCUGUCCCUCCAGUUCUAACCUCAUCAUCAAAUGGCCGUCCGACUAUCGCUUCCGAUGGGUUCGGUUCCAUCCCUAAUACGCUAACUGAACCGGUCUGGGACACUGUCAAGAGGGAUCUUUCGAGGAUUGUUAAUAAUCUGAAGCUGGUUGUUUUCCCCAACCCCUUCCGUGAAGACCCUGGGAAGGCUUUGAGGGAUUGGGAUCUAUGGGGACCUUUCUUCUUUAUCGUGUUUCUGGGUCUCAUUCUAUCAUGGUCCGCGUCUGUCAAGAAGUCUGAGGUGUUCGCUGUUGCUUUUGCUUUACUUGCUGCUGGUGCUGUAAUUUUGACGUUAAAUGUUCUGCUUCUGGGUGGGCAUAUUAUUUUCUUCCAGAGUAUAAGUCUCCUUGGUUACUGUUUGUUCCCUCUGGCCGUUGGGGCGUUAAUCUGUAUGUUAAAGGACAAUGUCAUACUGAAAGUGAUUGUGGUAUCUGUGACAUUGGCUUGGAGCUCUUGGGCGGCAUAUCCUUUCAUGAGUUCUGCAGUCAAUCCAAGGAGAAAGGCACUUGCUUUGUACCCAGUUUUUCUCAUGUAUGUGUCUGUUGGUUUCCUCAUCAUUGCCAUUGAUUAAAUGCGUCUAUGCACUGAUUACUGGCUCCCAUAUGCAACUGGAACAUGGCUAUAUAGGAAUUUUUUGUGUAGUGAUCAACGAAUUUUUGACAUUUUCUUCAAUUUGUUAUCCCCUUGUUCCUUGCUGGAGUUUUUUGUUACAGAUGUUUGGAGACAGGCUGUUGUAAAAUAUUCCUUGGAACUAGUAAGGCAUAUGAAUAUGGUGGGAUAAAAAAAAAAAAAAAACACUUGUAUUGUAUAGUCUAUGGAAGCCAAAUUAGACCCCACUGAUUCGGAUGGAGUCAGGCAGGUCACACCACAUGAUAAAGCUUUCCCUUAAUUGGGCCUGACUUGCCUUGAAUGAAUCUGGAUCAAUCGAUGGGACUUGAUAUUAAA